AUGAAUGAUGAAAACGUAGUAGGAACGGAUAAGAAUGUUGUUCAGGAGAUUAUCAAUUUCGGUCAUACCACUGAGUCAACGGAGGGUACCCAAAGAACGGAGGGUUCUAGAAGAACAACUCGUAGACCUACACCUACAACUGCUUCACCUGCAACAAGGUACAAUUGUCUAUUUGUCGGUGAUCUGUACAAUUACAAAGAUGAUGCCGAAUCUUAUGCACAAGAAGCUGAACUCCUUUCUCAAGUCGGUUACGAUAUUUUUGAUGAAAGUCGGGCAAAAAUUGGCCUGUGGGCGUAUGGACACACAGAUUUCCCUAGAAACGCCAAUUCAUCACUAAGUGAUAUGAGUAGAAAUCAUGAGGAUCUAGAUAAGAAACUUUCGAAGAUGAAAUAUGUUCGCCAAAGCAAUCCUUUCACUACCAAACAGGCCGUCGAGGAAAUCAACGAAAUGUACGAUUCGCAGAAACAACUCAACUGCUUAAUCUUUUUGACUGCCCAGGAGGAUACGAGUGGUUUACCUCGGAUAGCUCCAAAACAUCUCCAAUUUGAAAAGGUGGUGGUGGUCGGCCUUAGCGGUAUGCUUUUUUCUAUUUUGGAAUGUAAACUAGAUAUAUUUUCACUAAAAGCUACGAAAAUCCAGAUACCCAUCCGAGCGAGAUUAUGCCCAUAAAG